AUGACUUCUCAUCUAAAUAUUAGUGAAAUUUGUGAUGUCUUAUUUGAAGAAAUCCCGUCCGAUGAUAAUAGUAUAACUUCUUGUGAUGACUCUGAUAAUUAUAAUGAUUAUAUACCACCUUCUGGUGACUCGAAAACAAAACCCAUUCUAUUUGAAUCUAGUGACGAUGAGAGUGACGAUGAAAAUUCAGAAAUUUUGAACUUAGACGAUAGAAAUAUUUAUUUACUACCCUCGCCAAUAAAGCAAAAAAAGUAUACUCGUAGUUCAAUUCGUCGAAAAUGUGUAUCAAAAACAACUGAAGUUAGAUCUCGGACAGCAACACAUCGUCAAUUAUUUUCCGGUUCUGAAAAUGCAUCUUUGAAUAACGAAAAUGUGUCGUUGGAUUUUGAUUUUCAUUCUUUACCUAGUUCUUCUUCAGAUCUAAAUAAUGAUUAUCAGUCCAACUCUGGAUCUACACCAUUACGUCCAGUAAAUAUUGAAGGAGUUGAAACCGAGAUUGAAACUCAACCAACCCAGCAAGAUGAUUUUCAAUUUCUAUCUCCUACAUGGUCAAAAAAAAAUGACAUUAUUUUUAAUGUUUCUCCAUUUUCAAGUCCAGAGGGCCCUACAACAUUAUUAAAUGAUUUAUCAAUGUGUACACCGACAACCAUUUUUAAAUAUUUAUUUACUGAUGAAAUUGUUGACCAAAUAGUUCAUCAUACUAAUUUAUAUGCAUAUCAAAAACAAUUGAAAACAGGAAAAGCUUUUAUGCGAACAAAUAUGUCUGAAAUUAAAUGUUUUAUUGGAAUGCAACUUCUAAUGGGUAUCAAGAAGCAAUGCAGUUAUAGGGACUAUUGGUCAUCAUCACCCGAUUUGCACGAUUCUUACAUAAGUUGUUUAAUGCCAGUAAAUCGCUUCGGUUGGUUAUUAUCGCACGUACAUUUGAAUGAUAAUUCGCUUAUUCCGAAAAAAAAUCAACCUGGGUAUGAUAAAUUAUACAAAAUUAGGCCAUUUAUACAGACUUUACUAAACAACUUUCAAAGGGCGUAUAAUCCUUCCAAAAUAAUUGCAAUAGACGAAAGUAUGGUCAAAUUCACGGGUCGAAAUUCUAACAAACAAUAUAUGCCAAAAAAACCGAUAAAGAGAGGAUUUAAAAUUUGGUGUUUGGUUGACAAGCAAGGUUAUUUAUGGAAUUUUGAAAUUUAUACGGGGAAAGUUGGGGAAAAGGCUGAAAAACAAUUGGGUGCUCGAGUAGUAAAACAACUAUCGCAACCUUUACAAGGAAAAAAUCAUUGCUUAUUCUUCGACAACUAUUUUACCAGCUACCCACUAAUGACAUACCUAAAAUCAAAAAAUAUAAAUGCAUGUGGAACAGUCAAUCUUACAAGAAAAUUUUUACCAGCUUUGAAAAAUGAUAAGCAUUUAACAUUGGGUGAAUACGAUUGGUCUAUAGAUGAAAAAUCUACAUCGAUUGUUAAGUGGCGUGACAAAAGAAUAGUGAGUUUAUUGUCAAAUUUUCACAAUCCAACGGAAACCACACAAGUUCAAAGACGAUCUAAAGAUGGUUCAACUACAAUGGUAUCAUGUCCUAUAGUAUUGAGUGAAUACAACAAACAUAUGAACUGUGUAGAUAAACUUGACCAGAAUAAGAAAUCCUGUCAGAUAGAUCGAAAGGCUAAAAAAUGGUGGCACAGACUUUUUUUUCAUUUUAUCGAUGCAGCAGUAGUCAACUCUUACGUCCUAUAUAAGUUACAAUCAGAAUUAGGUUUGAGCAAGCUGCUCAUCAACCUAAAAGAGGAACAAGGAGGAGAUGUGCAAGAUGCAGUACUAAAGAAAAGGAAUUUAGAACGGAGUGGAUAUGUUCAGUAUGCAAUGUUCCUCUGUUUGAGCAAGCUGCUCAUCAACCUAAAAGAGGAACAAGGAGGAGAUGUGCAAGAUGCAGUACUAAAGAAAAGGAAAUUAGAACGGAGUGGAUAUGUUCAAUUACCAGAGAUCCCCAGAGACCUGUGUACUGUGUAG